CCUUGCACCAUCAGACGCAUUAUAACCAUGCAUAUUAAGUCUUAUACUGCCACCAUUUCCCUGACUUCUGUAUCAGGCCCAUUGCUUAAAUUGUCUAGCAUACUUGCAGACAUGGCCACUCCCCCCCACCUUCCCUGUAUUGCAAAUCAACCAGCCUGACUUACAUCACUAGACCAGCCGCUGAUGUAAGAUAAUGAUGUUGCUGUGGCCUUGGUUCCUCAUCCUUCAGUGGGGUGAUAAGAGGAAGAGAGAGGCGAGAUACGGACGUCUGCCAGGCCAAGGUCUACAAACAAAGCAGGGAUCCGACCGAAAACACGUCCUUGGAUCCCUACUGUCUUGUGGCAGAAGUCACCAUCAACACAGCCAUACUGAACCAGUGCCAGUGAUACUCCAGUAUUGUACACCUUACAUUAUUUUGGAAGGGUUUGUAUUGUAUUAGUAAAUUAAACAAGACUCCACUACACAUUUUAACAACCCCUCCUACUAUUAAUCACUAUUUGACCAGCCAUGAUGCUUGCUUUUAAUCACUAGAAGGACGGAAACCUUGUUCUCUGUCAGAUAACCCAUCACCUUGAAACUGUUCUUUACAGCCUUUAACAGAAACAAUGUAGUCAAGCACUUUUUUAUGAAGCUUGCAUUUCUGAAAAGCUUCAAAUGUUCUUGUUAUUGAAUAUCAGAUGUCAAUUUCACAAGUUUAAUGCCCAAUAAGGCAUUUAUCUGAAAUUCCUAAAGUAUCUGCAUCUGCUUAAUUGUAAACAUAGUCAUCACUGGACUGGCUUUCUCAGCAGAGAUUUGCUGAAGCUUUAAUAAAGUUAAAGUUGACAGUCUCUCCAAUAUGUCAUUGCUAUCCUUCUAAUGAGCCCAUUGUCUGAAUGAUCUGUACACCAAGACAACGUAUCUGGCCCGGGAUGUCCUUGGUAGAUACAAAACAUACACAAGCGGUGCGCUCAGAGUGUUUGGCUCUAGACUGCAACAAAUUCCUCCACCACAGGGGGACAGAGGGACUGUCCUCCAUCCUCACUCUGGGACAGAGAUGAAUAAAAGGACCAGGCCACAACGGGAGCGGACAGAGGUCCCAGAAGCACUCCUUGGCUUGUUUAGCAGAAGCAGGAGGGAUCCCAGCAGCGGUACAGAGACAGAGGAACCCUUUCACCCAUCGCCAAGCUGUCAGUCCUGGGAAAGAUACACUGAGCUGCAAAGGCUGGACGACAGACGAAGAGACAAAAGGAGAUCAGGGAGACAAGGAAAGAGGGGGACCACAGCCAGGGUUCUGAUUCCAGGUGCAUGGUUCGCAAACACUACGUUUGUGGGUACACUCGUCCAGGGUCAUACUGAGCGCGUGCGGGCCAGGGAUGUCUCUGAGUGGGGACGUGUGUCUGGUGACUGGGGCGGGGGGUUUUUUGGGACGGAGGCUGGUCAAGCUGCUGCUGGAGGAGGAGAAGCUAGCGGAGAUCCGUCUGCUGGACCAGCACAUCCAGCCUCAACUCAUACAGUCUCUGGAGGAGGCCCGGGGUGAGACCCGACUAAGUGUGCUCGAGGGGGACAUCAGGGACAGUGACUUCCUGGUCCGGGCGUGCCGGGGCGUGUCCGUGGUCUUCCACAUUGCAUCGCUCAUCGAUGUCAUCGGGGCGCUGGACUACAGCGAGCUGUACACCGUCAACGUUAAAGGCACCCAGCUCCUGUUGGAGGCGUGCGUACGGGAGAACGUCGUCUCCUUCGUCUACACCAGUAGCAUCGAGGUGGCGGGACCCAACCCCGCCGGGGACCCCGUCAUUAACGGCGACGAAGACACGGCUGACGCCUCCACCCUCAAGUUCGCCUACAGCCGGACCAAAAAGGAGGCGGAGCGCCGGAGCCUGGAGGCCAACGGCGAGCGUCUGCAGAACGGCGGCCGCCUGGCCACCGUCGCACUCCGGCCCAUGUACAUCUACGGCGAGGGCUGCCGCUUCUUGCUGGGCCACAUGGCCGACGGCAUCGCCAACCGCGACGUGCUGUACCGCACCUCGGCGCGCGAGGCCCGGGUCAACCCCGUGUACGUGGGCAACGCCGCGCUCGCCCACCUCCAGGCGGCGCGCAGCCUCCGCGAUGUGGACCGGCGCGCCGUCGCUGCGGGCAACGUCUACUACGUCUCCGAUGACACGCCCCCCGUCAGCUACAGCGACUUCAACCACGCGGUGAUGGCGCCGCUUGGCUUCCGCAUCCAGGAGAAGCACAUGCAGCCGUUGUGGCUGCUGCAUGUGUUUUGCUUCCUGCUGGAGGUGCUGAGGUUCUGUCUGCAGCCCUUUAAGCACAUCGCCCCGCCCCUCAACCGGCAGCUGCUGGUGAUGCUCAACACGCCGUUCAGCUUCGGCUACCAGAAGGCCAAGAGAGACCUGGGAUACGCCCCCAGGUACACCUGGGAGGAGGCCCGCACACACACCGUGGAAUGGCUGGCCGACCAGCUGCCCAAGGAGAGGGAGCGGCUCAGGGCCAAGUAGCUCCUCACAUGUGGUCAAUAAUCGAGGGAUCCUGGAUGAUGGUCAAGACAAGCCACCGCUUCAGUCUCAAAGGGCUUCAAAGGUUAUACGACACCCCCCUAUCUUGGAGCCCGCUAAAGGGCUCCCCAAACCCCAAGAGAAGAAACACUGGGUGCGAUAGUAAAUUAAUGUGCACACUGUGUGCCACACAUAGUGGACAUAUUUAGGCAAACAAAGGUUAAAGUAUGAUUGGAAUUUUAGAAAGAAGUUAUUAAUGAAUUCACACUCAAUCAUGAAUAUGCGCUAUGUCUUUAUUCUACAUGUCAAAAAUCUAUUUGUUUCACUGUUUGAAUUCAAGCUAUUAAAAAUGCAUACAAUUGUU